CGCAUCUGUAUGCUCAGAAACACAGCACUGGGGUGUGUUUGUGUUUUCUUGCGAUGUGUCAGAGAGAGAUCCGCUAGUUUAUUCUCACACUGUCCCAGUUUGCUGGUCGCCGUCUGUUCUUUUAAAGUAAUCUACAUUUAAUUUUUAUAAAUGCAGUAGAUGGGACACAUAUUUCAGCCCACUUGUAACACAUCAGAAAAGUAGCCUAUCAUUCAGAGUUAAUUGGUUUCAAGAAAAGGAUGGCACAGGUAGAGGAAUCUCACACUGAAGGGGAGAGCAGCCCUCAGAUGGUCUCCUUAAGAUCAGACGUGUCAGUGAGCCAGGGGAAUGAUGGAGAAGUGGGGCCAUCUAUGAGGAGGAAGAGGAGGAAGAAGAAAGAGCCCCGUCCAGAGUCCAUCAUCGUGUACCGCUCCGAAAUGGAGAGAGCACCAGGAGAGGAGCAGAGUGGAGAGGAGGGAGGAGAAAGGAGCACAGAGGAGGGAGCAAAGUUCCUGGGAACACCAACAGGCGAAGAAAGGGAUUGGAACCUUCCUCCAGACAGCCGCUACGUGACGCUUACUGGCACCAUCACUCGAGGAAAGAAGAAAGGCCAGGUGGUGGACAUUCACGUCACUUUGACAGAGAGGGAACUCAGGGAUCUGGCCAAGUCAAAGGAGCGUCUUAAUGCAGAGUGUGAGGCUGGGGAAGGGUACAAACGCAAGUGUACCUUAGGAGUGUGCCAGGGACCCCAUGUGGUGCUGUGGAGCAUCUCCUGCGCUCCUGUGGUUUUCCUCCUUUCCUUCAUCACCUCCUUCUACUACGGCACGCUCACCUGGUACAACGUCUUCCUGGUGUACAACGAGGAGCGGACGUUCUGGCACAAGAUUACCAUUUGCCCCUUUCUCAUCAUCUUUUACCCUGUGCUCAUCAUGCCACUGGCGUUGUGUCUGGCUCUGUACUCUGCCGUGGUGCAGGUGUCCUGGGCUUUCAGUGAGUGGUGGCUGGCAGUGCGAGACCUGGAGAAAGGCUUUUGUGGCUGGGCCUGUGGGAAGCUGGGGCUGGAGGACUGCUCCCCCUACAGCAUUGUGGAGCUGCUCGACUCUGACACGGUUUCUGGGACUCUGCAGAGCAAGGCACCCAGUGAAUUUGCCCAGACGUCAUCAGUUUGAAGGGGGCAUUGCUGAUUUGCUGAGCUGUGCAACUGUAUUCAAAGGCCUUUUUCACAUGUUAUCAGGUUACAACCACAAACUUUAAUGGAUUUUAUUUGAAUUUUAUGUGAUUAACCAACAUAACGUCCACCUUUUGUUGCACUUAAAGCUGCAAGUAUCGUAUAUGUUAACCACUUUUGCAUGUCUAGAGACUUAAAUUUUUGUCAAUUCUUAAAAAAACCCCUCAAGCUUAGUCCGAUUAGACGAUCAUUAUCAGUGAAUAUUUAUUUUCAAAUCUAGUCAUAGAUUCUUUGUUAGUUAUACCGUUUGGACUUUGACGUCAUUCUCACAUGAAUAUACUCUGAUCAGAACCAUUCCAGCUCUGACUGUAUGUUUAUGAAUAUCAACUUGCUCUAAAAGGAACCUCUGCCACACUGUGAAAUGUUUUGCAGCUUCUAGCAAGUUUUCUUUCCAGGAUUGUUCUGUAUUUAGCUCCAUUCAGCUUUUCAUCGUCUCUGACCAGCUUCCCUGUCCCUGCUGAAGAAAAGUAUCUCCACAGCACAAUGGAGAUGGACUACAUAUGGCUUCAACUCUGGCUUUCUUCGUGUUAUUCUUUCAAAUUUAAGCCAGAUUUGUAACAGUUGCCUGGGCAACAGAUUCCCCAACCUGAGCGGUUGAUCUUCUUUCUACUUGUUCACUAAUGUUCUCUAAUUUGGGUUUCCCCAACACUGGCCCUGAAGGCACAUUGCUCAACAUUUUUAAGUGUUUCUCUGCUUCGACAAGCUUUAUUUUGAUUUAUAACUGACUUACAAGUGUUUGCUGAAGUGCAAUCACCCAAAUCCGGGGUGUUAAAAGCAGGGAAACAUCUAAAACAUGCAGUGAUGUGUGCUUUGAGUACCAGGAAUGGUCUAUCAAACAUCUCAGACCUUUAAAUAGUUGUUGCAUUUAUAAUGAGAUUAGAUUAUUCAGAACUGAACUAUUUAUCAAUUCUGAAUACAGUUUUAUUCAUGGGUACUAUGAAUGAAACAUAUGCAUACUUUCAGGUUUUUAUGUGCAAAAAUGAAAACCAUGUAGUAAUACAUUGAAGUUUGUAGUUAUUUGAUCAAAUGUGAAAAGGUUUCAGGAGAUUAGAUUUUCUUUUUACAGGGCCCCCUAUUUAUGUUGGCCUAAAUAAAAUGCUGAUGUCAUUUUAACUUUUCAUCUUAGUUUGAAGACAAGCAUGUGGAAGUUUUAAUUCGUCAGAAAAUAUAUUCACAGAUUUUGGAAAUUGUAAUUUGACAUAAUUCCUCUUUUUGGUUAUAAAUAUAUGACUUCAUUUGAAUCUUAUAUUUAUUUAAUUAAACUGAAAAAAAAAGAUUUUCCUCAUAAUUAUUAUUUUGUUUAGAAAAAAAUGCUUAAAAUCUUUCAGCUACAUUUCACUGCAAAACGUAACUCAGUAUGCACUGCCCAAACUGUCUUUAGGUGCUGAAUUAUUCUUGCAAACUCUUAUUAAACUACAAGCAUAACUGGUUGUCAGGGUUUUUUAUGGUUCUCGACUUUGGUCAUUAAACGGCUACCAGGGAUUACUAAACCAAUCUCAGAGACUUUUCACUUCAUCUUGGCCUUGGCUCGGAAAGCCAUGCUGGAGAUCCAGCAACACAGAAAACUCAACAUCACAACCAAGUUUCACUUGAUCUGUAAAUAUCUGUAAUAAACAUUUGUGAUUGCUGUGCAAUGACUUGUGUAACUUCCAAAGCAGCACUCAGUUGUUUAAGUCGCUGUAAUCACUUGGAUGUUAUAGAAGAAGCCUCUUACUUAGGAGGCUCUGCAUGAACUGUUCCACUUGGAAAAGACAAUGUUAACACAUUAUUGACUGAAAGAUUAUUUUUGCGUUUUGAAGAGUCUGUAUUCCACUAUUGGUUCUAACUUUUUUUUCUGUAUGUUGUCAUCUAAGUUUGUGUACCUGGCCUAGUAAAAAUUAUACUUUCCAUGUCCGUUUUAGUAUCAUAGUUUUGUAUUAUUUAACUAGUUUGGACAGUUUUGUUGCAAAUUAAUGCUCAGUCAGCCUUCCCAUGCAUAGAGACACCUCAAUGUUUACCUGUGUAGUUUUGAAAUAAGACAAAAUUUUGGCUUACUAGUGUAAUAAUGAGUAUUGAGUGAUCACUGAUGGUCCAUGGGAAUAUAGUGUUAUAUUUUGAUAUUUUUUUUAUUCCACUUGCAUUCAAUCCAGAUCAGGAGGAUGUCUGGAGUUCCUACAAUUACUUUAAACACAGUGCAGUAUGAUCCAUUCAAAGUGAAUAUCCAAGAAGGUUUUGUUCUUGAAUAUAACUGAAAAUAAAAAAGGUUACAUGAUUAUUUUUAUUUAAAUAUACAUUUAUCUGCUUUUGUCUACACUCAUUUAUGCAUUUUGGGGUUUGGUGAUGUGGUAACUGUUGAAAAAUAAGGAAGAUUUUAGUUACGAUGCAUUGACUGAAGAGGAAUAAAAAAAAUCUGUAUUUGACCUGUCAAUCACUGGUGAAAGGCAAUCAAGAAAAAAUAAACAGAUUUGGCCAGCCACUACGUUUAACUUUAUUUUAUUGUUAUGUUUUUGCUCAGUCUAAGCACCAUGAAGUGAACUGUGUGUGAUCAGAAUCUUAUUGUUUUGUUUCAUUUGUAGUUUUCUAGUUGAGGAAUCUUGUCAGAUUUCCAUGUAUUCAUAUUUUAUAUGUUGUCUCCUCAUUUCCUGUUUUAUUGCUGUUAUCCUUUGACAAGUUGUUUAAGCUACUGUAUGUGUUUUACACUCCAGCACUUUGACAUAAACUAGGUGAAUAGAUAUUGGGUUUAGAUGAAUCAGAUUAUUUAAAUGCUUGGUGAGUCAUCUGUUGGGGUGUGUUUGAGAAUAUGUAACCAUGUAUGGCCUCCCUUUUCUGGGUAUGCUGUUUUUGUUUACAAUAAUAAAAAAAAUAGAUGUAGUUUGGGGCUGAAUUUGUUUUCCACAUCACUUUUUGUAAAUCCACAUAAUGGAAAACAAAAAAUAAAAGUAAAACAAAG